UAUAAGGUGUCAGGACGUGGCGGUCUAUUUCUCCAUGGAGGAGUGGGAGUAUGUAGAAGGACACAAGAAUCAGUACAAGGAUCAGGUCAUGAUGGAGGAUCAGCAGCCCCUCACAUCACCAGUCAGAUCCAGUAAGAGAACUGCACCAGAGAGGUGUCCCUGUCCUCUUGAUGAACAGAAUAUGAAGGACAUUACUACAGGGAAAGAUCUCAUCUAUAUUAAUGCUACAGACAUAAAGGAAGAAGAGACAGAUGUGAGCGGUGAUGAGCAGUAUAAGGAGGACAUUCCUACAGGGAAAGAUCUCUUUUAUAUUAAUGCUACAGACAUAAAGGAAGUAGAAGAAGAGACAGAUGUGAGCGGUGAUGACCAGUAUAAGGAGGUCAUUUCUACAGGAAAAGAUCUGAUCUAUAUUAAUGCUACAGACAUAAAGGAAGAACAAGAGACAGAUGUGAGCGGUGAUGAGCAGUAUAAGGAGAACAUUCCUACUGAGAAAGAUCUGAUCUAUAUUAAUGCUACAGACAUAAAGGAAGAAGAACAAGAGACAGAUGUACGUAGUGAUGAGCAGUAUAAGGAGGACAUUCCUACAGGGAAAGAUGUGAUCUAUAAUAAUGCUACAUACAUAAAAGAAGAAGAAGAAGAGACAGAUGUGAGCGGUAAUGAGCAGUAUAAGGUGGACAUUCCUACAGGGAAAGAUCUGAUCAAUAAUAAUGCUACAGACAUAAAGGAAGAAGAGACAGAUGUGAGCAUUGAUGAGCAGUAUAAGGAGGACAUUUCUACAGAAAAAGAUCUGAUCUAUAAUAAUGCUCCAGACAUAAUAGUAAAAGCAGAAGAGACAGAUGUGAGCGGUGAUGAGCAGUUUAAGGACAUUUCUACAGGUAACCACCCAGAUUCUUGUAGCAGGAGAUCAGAGGAGAAUCUUAUAUCUUCAGAUUAUAAAGCAGAUGAUGAUAUCACACAAGAUACAUAUGAAGAACAUUCCAUUAUCCCAGAUACACCCUCAGCCCUUCACAGCCAAGAUCUCUCAUCUCAUCCUUAUAUACAGGUCCUGUCUUCUCAGUCAUCACAGGAUGUUCAGCAAAAUAAAGGUCACAGAAGGGGUGUUGGACAUCAGAAAGAUUGUGCAAAGGAAAGGCCAUAUUCAUGUUCAGAAUGUGGAAAGUGUUUUACAAAGAAAUCAAAUCUUGUGAGACACAAGAGAAGCUACAAAGGAGAGAAGCCGUUUUCAUGUCCACAAUGUGAGAAAUGUUUUACUGGGAAACAAGGUCUUGUUCGCCAUCAAAGAACUCACACAGGAGAGAAGCCAUUUCCAUGUUCAGAAUGUGGGAAAUGUUUUACUCAGAAAUCAUACCUUGUUGUACAUCAAAGAACUCACACAGGAGAGAAGCCAUUUUCAUGUUCAGAAUGUGGGAAAUGUUUUACUUAUAAAUUAGACCUUGUUGUACAUCAAAGAAAUCACACAGGAGAGAAGCCAUUUUCAUGUUCAGAAUGUGGAAAAUGUUUUGCUUUUAAAUCAUGUCUUGUUGUACAUGAAAGAACUCACACAGGAGAGAAGCCAUUUUCAUGUUCAGAAUGUGGGAAAUGUUUUAAUUAUAAAUCAGGUCUUGUUGUACAUCAAAGAACUCACACAGGAGAGAAGCCAUUUUCAUGUUCAGAGUGUGGGAAAUGUUUUGCUCAGAAAUCAGAUCUUGUUAAACAUCAAAGAACUCACACAGGGGAGAAGCCAUUUCCAUGUUCAGAAUGUGGGAAAUGUUUUACUCAGAAAUCAGACCUUGUUUUACAUCAAAGAACUCACACAGGAGAGAAGCCAUUUUCAUGUUCAGAAUGUGGGAAAUGUUUUGCUCAGAAAUCAGAUCUUAUUAAACAUCAAAGAACUCACACAGGGGAGAAGCCAUUUCCAUGUUCAGAAUGUGUGAAAUGUUUUACUCAGAAAUCAGACCUUGUUUUACAUCAAAGAACUCACACAGGAGAAAAGCCAUUUUCAUGUUCAGAAUGUGGGAAAUGUUUUGCUCAGAAAUCAGACCUUGUUGUACAUAGAAAAACUCACUCAGGAGAGAAACCAUUUUCUUGCGCAGAAUGUGGGAAAUGUUUUGCUCAAAAAUCAAUUCUUGUUAACCAUCAAAUAACUCACACAGGGGAUAAGCCAUUUUUAUGUUCAGAAUGUGGCAAAUGUUUUACUCGCAAAUCAGACCUUGUUGUACAUCGAAAAACUCACACAGGAGAGAAGCCAUUUUCAUGUUCUAACACAGGGGAGAACAUGAAGCAGAGCAAAAAAUAAUGCAAAUAACACAUCUAUAUAUUAACCAUGUACAUAGGAUAGUUGACAAUAAUACAUACUUAUAUAUAUUUAUACAAUAUAUGCUUCAUCUCCAAACUUGAUAUCAAUUUUAAAGAAGUUCUCUAUAUUAUACUGCUCAAAAAAAUAAAGGGAACACUAAGAUAACAGAUCCUAGAUCUGAAUGAAUGAACUUAUUGUAUGAAAUACUUUCGUCUUUACAUCGUUGAAUGCGCUGACAACAAAAUCACACAAAAAAUAUCAAUGGAAAUCAAAUGUAUCAACCCAUGGAGGUCUGGAUAUGGAGUCACACUCAAAAUCACAGUGGAAAACCCCACUACAGGCUGAUCCAACUUUAUGUAAUGUCCUUAAUACAAGUCACAAUGAGGCUCAGUAGUGUGUGUGGCCUCCACGUGCCCGUAUGACCUCUCUACAACACCUGGGCAUGCUCCUAAUGAGGUGGCGGAUGUCCUCCCAGACCUGGACUAAAGCAUCCACCCACUCCUGGACAGUCUGUGGUGGAUGGAGCGAGACGUCCCACAACUGCUCAAUCGGAUUCAGGGGAACGGGCGGCCAGUCCAUAGCAUCAAUGCCUUCCUCUUGUAGAUACUGCUGACACACUCCAGCCACAUGAGGUCUAGCAUUGUUUUGUAUUAGGAGGAAACCAGGGCCAACCGCACCAGCAUAUGGUCUCACAAGGGGUCUGAGGAUCUCAUCUCGGUACCUAAUGGCAGUCAGGCUACCUCUGGCAAGAACAUGGAGGGCUGUGCGGCCACCAAAGAAAUGCCACCCCACACCAUUACUGACCCACCGCCAAACCGGUCAUGCUGGAGGAUGUUGCAGGCAGCAGAAUAUUCUCCACGUCUGUCACAUGUGCUCAGUGUGAACCUGCUUUCAUCUGUGAAGAGCACAGGGCACCAGUGGGGAAUUUGCCAAUCUUGUUGUUCUCUGGCAAAUGCCAAACAUCCUGCACGGUGUUGGGCUGUAAGCAUAACCCCCACCUGUGGACGUCAGGCCCUCAUACCACCCUUAUGUAUCUGUUUCUGACCGAUUGAGUGGACACAUGCACAUUUGUGGCCUGCUGGAGGUCUUUUUGCAGGGCUCUGGCAGUGCUCCUCCUGCUCCUCCUUGCACAAAGGCGGAGGUAGCGGCCAUGCUUCUGGGUUGUUGCCCUCCUACGUCCUCCUCCACAUCUCCUGAUGUACUGGCCUGUCUCCUGGUAGCGCCUCCAUGCUCUGGACACUACACUGACAGACACAGCAAACCUUCUUGCUACAGUUCGCAAUGAUGUGCCAUCCUGGAUGAGCUGCAAUACCUGAGCCACUUGUGUGGGUUGUAGACUCCGUCUCAUGCUACCACUAGAGAGAAAGCACUGCCAGCAUUCAAAAGUGACCAAAACAUCAGCCAGGAAGCAUAUGAACUGAAAAGUGGUCUGUGGUCACCACCUGCAGAACCACUCCUUUAUUGGGGGUGCUAAUUGCCUAUAAUUUCCACCUGUUGUCUGUUCCAUUUGCACAACAGCAUGUGAAAUUAAUUGUCAAUCAGUGUUGCUUCCUGAGUGGACAGUGUGAUUUCACAGAAGUGUCAUUGACUAGGAGUUACAUUGUGUUGUUUAAGUGUUCCCUUUAUUUUUUUGACUUAUAAUAAAUGUAAUAUUGUCCCUGACGUCGUAUAUAGGGAAUGUAACGCGUCAGUGUUGUCCCCGCCCCCUUCUCAUUAUGAUUAUAGAGACUUUAAUUCAAGGCAUCAGACAGGAUCCGCACGUCUCCCUUGAAGAUCGUCUCUUCUGAACAUAAGACGCUGCAGAUACUUUUAUUUAUCACAAACCCUAGACCAGCGUUUCCCAUCUUGACGUCUAUUUUCGGUCUCAAAUCUUAAAAUCCAUUUUUCUAUAUGAGAAGUCGUCGAUAUCUCAGCGUCCCCCGGGUUCAGUAAACAUCGGUGUAAUUCUUUUCCUUUUCUUUGUCCUCCCCGGGGUAUAAAAUCCCUUGAGAUCUGAUCACAUCUGGUACAAGAUCUCUUUACUUCACACUUUGCGUCAUUAUUACACGGAUUGAAGACCCAGUUACACGCUCGUAAAUUCCCAUAUAUGUCGUGGAUUGGAAGGGAAAAGGUUCUUAAAUCUUAUAUUUACCAAUAAUAUUUUAUAUUUUUACAGUCCGUCCCUAUCAUAGUACGGAAUUGUUAUUUUUCUUCUAUCAGAUGGUUAUUUAGUAAUUUUGUUAUGAUUCAGAAGAGACCACGUGUCCCGUAUAGACGCUCACCCUGAAGACAUUAGACGGCGGUUUUGUGUUUCCGGAUUUACACACUUAUUAUAAAGCUUUUCCUUCGUCUGGAUUAUUAGAGCUCGUUCGCUCUUCUUUUUCUCAUCCUCCCCUUUAUAUUCCUCCUCAUGUGGAUAUGGAAUUCUCCUCAGUCCCUCCUUCUAUAGGGCCCAUUUUGUGGCCCCCGCACUCCUCCUUGGCCUCUCUAGUUCUUUCCUCUUUUAUAUAUAACUUUGUCGGUAUUACGAGACUGCUCUACGACUGAUUCUGAUUUCCCUUCUCCCCUAACCCCACUUUCUUUACUCCCUAUGGUUAUUACUAAACACAUUUUCCCUCUUCCCCUUUGUGGGAACGUUUACAUUCUUUUACGUUACGAGAUUUAUAUUCUUCUACUAAGACUUUGGCCAUAGAGGAAUCUCAGGCUUUCUGGGGUUUUAUAAGUAAAUUUCUCUUUACUCUCCAAUGUUUUAAGCGUUAUACUAACAUACGUUCCUGAAAUUGGUUAGAGAGAUGGUAUUUAUUUCCUAAAUAAUAAUACUAUCUAAGCUUUAUUCUUAUCUGAUUUCUUCUGCUCCUAAUAGUAACCAAAAUGCGUCUUAUACGAGAAGAGGAGCUGAAUAUCCAACUCUCUGAAGAACAGUGCGGAUUUAUCUCUAGCGCUCACGUGGCUGCUCCCCCUGUAUUCGUAUACAGGAAAGUUCAUAUAAGAUAUGUUGUCGAGGGUAUGGGACUCCUCCUCUCCUUUUGUCACAUGGUAUUAGAGAAUCUUCUCAAUGUUGGAGGUGUGGGAGUGAGUCAGGCCAUUAGCUAUCAGUCCUUUGAUAAAGCUGGGGAGCCGACGAAACAUCAUUGAACUGGAUACAUGGGAGUUUUAAUUGCAGCUCUUACAUUUAGCUUCUGAUUACUAAAUAUAUUGAGAGCUCCUGAACGGCCAUACAGAAUAAGCGCACAUUCCUUCUGAGUUUAUCAUAUUUCCAGCACACUGAUACGGAGCUAAACUGGAGCUGUAAUUAUAACAGUGGUGUGGUUCUGACACCUAGUGGUGAACAUUUCAUUUGGUUUUUGAUUUCUUUUGAUAUUAUAAUAGUGACCAAUAAAAGUUACAUUUUAAAGGGAAGGUUCUUAGUUUAGGGUACCCCUUUAGUGGUUUUCCCCUAAAGUUGUUGAUAUAUUCCGAGUUAUCCGGGCACCUUCUGGGGUUUUGUUGUAUGUGGAUUGAGUCGGACACUCUUUUACAUAUUGCAAAAGAAAGACAUAGAAAAUCUAUGAAACAAUCUGGGGUCAGCUCACCGCCUGACGAUGUCUUCAGUAUAUGGAUGGAUAGGACACUUGCUUCACAUUUGGAAGCUCGGCAAAUGAAAGAAGCUGGUAAAUUCUAUUAUCCCAUUCUCUAAGAUGGUGUAUAAAACAGGAAAUGCUAAAUUUGAGGGAGUGUGGGGCGCCUGGUGUUCCUCCCCCCUGACUCCCCAGAGUCAGUGCGUGGUUUAUCUGAUCCACAUAUGGUGAAUGUUGGUUCCUAGAUAUGUUCCUGUCUUAUGUGAUUGUGCUGACAUGAGGCAGUUCGUUCGGCGGCAGCUUUCCCAUUCCCUUUUUAUUACUUGCUUUUUCUUUUAAAUUCAUUUCUAAAUAGUGCUUAAUCAGUGCAGGCGUAAGAGGUGGGGGGGGGGGGCAAUCAGGACUACUUUUCUGUUUUCUGGCACCUCAGGGUGCGUGUUCUGUGUUAUUGUUCCUUUUAUCAGCUCGAUCCUGACUGUAUGUGAUGUCUCCCUCACCCUGACUGCUGCCCUUGUAUGUUCCUGUAUUUUUGCCGGUCUUACUAGCUUGUAAUGCCGAUGGUCUUUUAUCUUUCAAUAAAACCAAUUUGCCCUAAUUACCA